UUCCCGAAGGCUCCUAGCACUGAGGUGGAGUUCCUGAACAUGGGUACUUUCCUGUCCCAGCCUUUCGAGACUGAUAAGAUCGCCUCGGCUCCUCAGGCCGCCUCUUCCGCUAGCCGCGCGCCCCUCGAUGCACCCGGAGCCCCGACCUCCCCAGAGCAGCCGCCCGCACUUAGGAACUGCUGGAGCUGUCGGGUGCUCUCCGGGUCGGGGUUGAUAGGGGCGGGCUGGUACGUGUACUGGGUUGCACGGAAGCCACUGAAGCUGGGAUACCCACCAAGUCCAGGGACUGUUACCCAGAUGGUCAUCGGCAUCAGCAUUGCUUGUUGGGGUGUAAUCAUCCUGUCAGACCCCAAGGGGAAGUUCCACCCGUGAAUCUGUCAUCUGUCCCUGUCUCCAUGACACACAGAGCAAGCAUUGAGCUGAUGGAUGUUCUGGAUAGACACAUGGACAUUGGCAUACUUCAGUUCUGCAGAUACUACAAGACUGAAAAGACCAACAUUAGUUGGCAAUCUUUGGCCAUGAGUGUUUGUGGCCUUCUAGGGCUCCACAAGGACCAAUAAAUACCUCAGAGA